GCCACCAGCUUCUCCCUCAUGCCCUUUGCAGGUUUUGGGAGAGGGUGGGAUGCAGAUUUUAUGGAUCCAUUUUCUGCAAUGGACAGGAUGAUGUCAAACAUGAGGAACAACAUGCUGGAAAUGCACAGGAAAUUCGAUGACCUGUCCAUCCAGCCCGAGGGACACAGCUUCAGCUCCUCCUCCAUGGUGACCUAUUCCAGAGUGGGGGAUGAACCUCCCAGGGUGUUCCAGGCCACGAGCCAGACGCGCACGGCUCCGGGAGGGGUUAAAGAAACAAGAAAAGCACUGAAGGAUUCUGAAAGUGGCCUGGAGAAAAUCUCUGUUGGUCACCACAUCCACGACCGGGCUCAUGUCGUCAGAAGAUCCAAGAACACCAAGACUGGGGAUGAGGAGAUGAACCAAGAAUUCAUCAACCUGGAUGAAUCCGAGGCUGGCACCUUUGAUGAGGAGUGGCAGAGGGAGAUCAUGAAGUUCAGGCCUUGCCGAAGCAGAGCAGCUGUGCAAGGUUCGAGGUCCAGGAGUGCCCAUUACAGCCCCAGGGAAGGUGGCUCGAGAAGAGAGAAGCCCCUGGGAGCUCCGGGAUCCAGAGUGCCCAGGGAUUCCCUGGAGGCUCUCAGUGUCAAAGGAACUCCUGCCCCUCUGAAGGGCUCCAGGAAUUAACUGUCCCCAAUCCCUGGGGACAGAGGGUCCCUGGAGCAGAUGAAUGGUGCUCAGUGCUCGCAUCCAUAAAAAUACACCUGGAUUUGUGACCAAUCUCUGCUCUGUGUUGUGCCUUUGCUCCUCCUGCUUCUCAGUGAAUUCCAGCCCAGCAACUUUCUGCCUAAAAGCACUUUAUGGAACAUCUCUAAGCCUGGUGAAACCAGCUUGGAUUUGCAGAGCUGUUCUGCUCCAGCUGCACCAAUCUCAGGCUUUACUAAGCCUGGAACUGCAGCUCCCCCUUCCCACUCUGAGUUGCACAGAAAGCAAAUUUCCUUUAUUUUAGGUUGCUGAAAUAAUUACUGAUUUUCUAGGUUAAUUAAUAGAACUUGAAUACCCUCUAAAGCACUACUUUAAAAUCAUGUGAUAAAUUGUUACAGAACCCCCACAUUCACUGUGGUGUAACAUAAAAUGAGAGGAAAUACUGAAAUAUGACAAUACUUUACAUGUAUCAGUUUUUAUGUUAAUAAGCUGUGCUUGCAGCUCAUUUCCUGUGCCUGAACUGUCAGCUUUGUAUUCCUGAUCCUUUGUUUUGUGGAGUUAGCCCAUCAUCUUCCAUUUUGAGGAUUGUCUGUAGUAUUUAAUUACUGUAAUUAUCCUGUAGUAAUAUCAGUGUCCUGAGAUCAGCUGCAACUAGGAAUUACUCAUGGGAAAAAUACAUGGGAGAAAUGAGCUUAACUGGAAUGAUUUCACCAUUUCUUGUGUUGUGAAGAGCCCUGGAUACAGGAACCCCUCCUUUCUGUGUUCUUUGUGUUUUACUGGGGGUAGAAUGACCCUAAAUCUACAUUUGAUAGGAGUUUAGGAGAGCCAGCAGUGCCUGAGAGCAGGAAAAUCCUGGGUUUCUACCAUGCAGAAUUAUCCCUGUGGUGUAGCAGAAAGAAUUUCUGUAAAUUAAAUAAUAUAAAUAACACUAAAGCUUUAUAUAAAUCCAAGGCACCAUUAUAAUGUAGCCUUUAAAAGUACUGUUUGUAUGAUAAAAUAGAGUUUAGUAAGUUAAGAGUAAUAUUUUUUUGGCUAAAAAGCCUCUAAAUCAUAUUUAAUCUUCCUGCUUAAGGUUAUUUAAUUUUAAUUAAUUAAUGCUAUUAAUGUGCAAACCCAAUCAGCAGCUCUUCUGUUGAGCUCUGAGAAGGGAGGGACAAUUAUUUGCUUGUAGUCUCUUCCUGAAUUAGAGAAGUAUCAGUGGCAAUAAGUUGAUGUGAUCAAUAUUAAUGGCAAUAAUUGAACCCUUUAAUGAGCAGUGGGGGUCGGGGGGGUUGGACACCCCUUAAAGUCAGAGCUCAACCCAGGGACUCGUUUUCCAUCCGCUGGAGACAAUGUGGAUUCUGCAAUUAAUUUAGGAGAUAAUCUCAGUAAUUAACAGCAACAGUCUUGGAGAGCUGCUGCUGUUAAAUUGAAAAUUCACCUGAUAACUCGGAUUUUUGUGUGAAAUAAAGCAAGCACAUCCUCGGUUUGAAGUGACAGUGGGAAGAGGUGAAUGUUCCCUCCAGAUCCCUUUGCUACACCAAGACUGUUCUCCAAUGUAAGGCACAAGUUGUGCUCUGUAAAAUCAUCUGAAAAUGCAAUUCUUUAAUAAAGUUAUUUAUUAUUUA